AGCCGGUGCUGAGCAGAGCCGAGCCGAGGUCCGGCCCGGAGCGGAGCCGGCUGAGCGGGCGCCGAGCCCCCGCCAUGGCCCGGAACACGCUGUCCUCGCGCUUCCGUCGGGUGGACAUCGACGAGUUCGACGAGAACAAAUUCGUGGACGAGCACGAGGAGGCGGCGGCGGCGGCGGCGGCGGCCGAGCCAGGCCCGGACCCGAGCGAGGUGGACGGGCUCCUGCGGCAAGGGGACAUGCUCCGGGCCUUUCACGCAGCCUUGCGGAACUCUCCCGUCAACACCAAGAAUCAGGCCGUGAAGGAACGAGCCCAGGGCGUGGUGCUGAAAGUGCUUACAAAUUUUAAGAGCAGCGAAAUUGAGCAAGCUGUGCAGUCACUGGACAGAAAUGGCAUUGACUUGCUAAUGAAGUACAUUUAUAAAGGGUUUGAGAAGCCCACAGAAAAUAGCAGCGCAGUGUUACUCCAGUGGCACGAAAAGGCAUUAGCAGUAGGAGGACUAGGCUCCAUUAUAAGAGUUCUUACAGCAAGAAAGACUGUUUAAAAAAAAAAGACUCAUGUUACCUUGAGAAGAAUGUGGAUGCACAGGCUGCUGAAGGAAGGAUUGACAACGGACCAUCUUCCUAGGAACUCCCAACUAAACUAUUGCAGGAUAUGCAUCCGCUGACGUCUAUUUUAUUUUCAAGGUGGAGGGAGAAAUCGUCUUACUGUUUCUUAAAUCCUUUGCAGGAUCUGAUAGUCUCUGCCUUUGUCCCCGAGUACUGCAGAACUGACAUUGUGACUGUCCACCAGAGUGGCUGGCCAGCGUUGGCCAGGUGUACCUGUGUGCACUGCCUGUUUCCAGCAGGGGAGGGAGGACUGGGGCAGGUGCAGAUCCAAGGGCUGUGGGGGAAGGGAGAGCCUGUUUUGAAGUGGAAAGCCCCGAGGGCUUGUACAGACAUCCUGGCCUCCCAGAGGAGGCGGGCUCUGGGGUUCAUUGUCAAGUGCCUGCUGCAUCAAUAAAGCUCUUGGCUCAUUAGUGUA